CCAGCUCUUAUCAAGAGAGACGAUAAAGGAUUAAGAGAGAGAGAGGAACUACUUGGCGUAAGAUCUCCGCCACUGACCUGUUGGACGCGGAGACGGGCGGAGGGACACGGCGGUGCGGCAGCGACUUCGGUUUAGGACACGACCACCCAACCCAGACAAGAUGCGAGUGGUAGCAGCCCUGGUGGUCUUGACGUGGGCGGUGGCAGCAGGGGACAACGAGACGGAGGCCCCUGUGGUAGCGACGCGGAGCGGGGAGGUAGCUGGCCUCCUGGAGAAGUCGACGAAGGGGCAUACUUUCUACUCGUACUACGGCAUUCCCUACGCCCAGCCCCCCGUCGGCGGCCUCAGGUUCAAGGCCCCGGUGAAGGUCGAGCCGUGGACGGGCGUGCGCGACGGGACCGCCCAGCCGCCCUACUGCACCCAGACGCCGUUCGCCAGCUUCCUGAAGGGGCGGCUGGAGAUCGACGGCGUGGAGGACUGCCUCUACCUGAACGUCUUCACGCCGAAGCCCAAUUCCGAAAGAGCAAGGUUACCCGUCAUGGUUUUCAUUCACGGCGGCGGCUAUUUCUCCGGCGGGGCGCAGGAAUACAACCCCCACGUCCUGCUCAACCACGAGGUCGUCUUGGUCGUCAUCCAGUAUCGCCUCGGGAUGUUCGGCUUCCUCUCCACCGAGGACGACGUGGCUCCCGGCAACCAGGGCCUCAAGGAUCAGGUGCUCGCCCUCCGCUGGGUCCAAGACAACAUCCACCACUUCGGCGGCGACCCCCUGGAGGUGACCCUCUUCGGCGAAAGCGCUGGCGCGGGGUCCUCUCACAUCCUCAUGCUGUCGCCUUACGUGCUGGGGUUGUUCAAGCGAGUGAUCCUGCAAUCCGGGUCUGCCCUUUGCCCUUGGUCGCUGGGCGGGGCUCACCUCGAGGUUGCUAAGUAUACUGCCAUGUUCUUCAACUGCACGACUGACCAAGGAAACGAAGAGAUGAUACGUUGUCUCCAGGAGGUCGACGCCCUUAAGCUGGGCUCCAUGCACUCGCAUUUCUUCAUUUGGUACACGCUCCCGAUCCUGCUGGGGCCUCGCGUGGACGGCUCCUUCCUGCCGCACGAUCCCGAGAAGCUGCUGAAGGAGUCGAGGCACAAGAAGAUUGACAUUAUCUCCGGAAUUACCAAGGACGAAGGAGCGAUAUUCGCCCUCCCCACGUUCGGCAACGAGGCCCUCCGGUCCGCCAUGCGCUUCAACUUCGAGGAGUCGGCGCCCGUGGCCCUCGAGUUCAGCGAGGGCGACAUAUCCCCCUUGAACCAGACGCUGCUCAUCUUCGACCGCUACCUCGGGGGAAUCAACUUCAAUGAAAAUGAUGCAGAGAACGUCAAAAAUAUGUUCAGCGACCGACAUUUCGCCGUUUGCCACGACCUGACUUCCCUCCUCCACGACCACAACUGCGGCCGGAAGAACAAGAGGGUCUUCCGGUACGAGCUGAAGCACCGCGGGAAAAAGUCCCUCGGCGACUCUUUCUCUCUCGAUUUCGGCAGAGAUUGGGUGUCUCACGGGGACGAGCUCUUCUACCUCUUCCAAGGAGGUCCGCUGCUUGCCCCGCUGGAGGACGAGGACGACCUUAAAGUCAGGGACAUCUUUUCGACUCUCUGGACGAACUUCGCCCUUACGGGAGACCCAACGCCUGACGACAGCCUGGGCUUCAAGUGGGAGCCCAUGAAGAACGGCGACCUGAGCUACCUCGCCAUCACCCCGAACCCUACUAUGGAGAACGACACUCGACAGGAGACGCGGGACUUCUGGUUCUCACUGCCCACGAAGCAGAACGUGAUCCUCCACCGCGAGAAGGUCAAGAACCUGAAGGUCGAGGAGAUCACAGAAGAAAAUACUCAGGAAACCGAAGGCAAUCAAGAAGCCACAAAAGAAGGUACUCAAGAAGCCACGAAGGAAAGUACUCAAGAAGCCACGAAGGAAAGUACUCAAGAAGCCACGAAGGAAAGUACUCAACAAGCCACGAAGGAAGGUACUCAAGAAGCCACGAAGGAACAGGAAGGUGCCGAGUCUGAGACCGCUUCGGAUAUCCCUAAAGAGCCUUCGUCUGAGGACAAGCGCGUUGAAACAGACACUGGGGCGGAGAGCCAAAUCGAGGCUCCGAACACGAGACAGGAGGGUAGAGAUGAACUGUAAUUUCCUUGAAAUAAUAUGUAACUCUAAAUUCUAAAAAAUAAGUAUCUGAACUGUUCUAUUCAAAUUUUCAUUAACAUUCCAAUGCCAUUUGAUUGUUCCCAGCCAAGCAAAUACACGUUUUUGUUUUGUU